AUGGAUAAUCUAGCCUUCUGGAAUGUGAGAGGACUUAAUAGUCCUCUGAAACAUAGUGAUGUGAGAAUGUUUCUCAAUCACAAUAAUGUGGGGUUGUGUGGUUUGCUUGAAACAAGGGUGAGAAGAAGUAACUUUGCGAAAGUUUUUGGAGGAGUAUGUGCUAAUUGGAGCAUUGUGACUAAUUACCAAUGUCACAAGGGAGGUAGGAUUUGGUUGAUAUGGUGUCCUAAGUUUGAUGUUAACAUUCUUGAAUGUAAUGCACAAUUUAUUCAUGGGAAGAUCUUACAUAAUGCUACUGGAAAGAAGUUUAGUAUCACUGUGAUAUAUGGAUAUAAUGAUGCUAAAGAAAGGGAGAGCUUAUGGCAGGGAUUGAAAAGAUUGCAUAAGGGUAUUAAGGGCCCUUGGAUCAUAGGUGGAGAUUUUAAUAAUGUUCUUAAUCUCAAUAUGAGAUUAGGAUCAGCUGUCAUGUUGGAGGAGGUGAUGAAGUUUAGAGACUGCAUGAGAGAGUGUGGCUUGAGUGAUCAUUGUACCACAGGCCCUUUCUUUACAUGGAGAAAUAAUCAGGAGGGUGAAAAUAGAGUAUGUUCGAAGAUUGAUAGAGUGAUGUCAAAUGAAGAGUGGGGAAAAGAAUUUGAGAAUGCCCUGGCAUGCUUUAUGCCAGAGACAGUAUCUGAUCAUAACCCUUGUGUUGUUCAGAUGGAUAAAGAAACUGAAGCAGAUGAAAAAAGGACUGAAGGUGUUGUGAAUAAGAAUAGAUAUUCAAAUAUUGAACAGGCUGCAGAUGAGGCUCGAAUUAUGUUAGUACAAGCACAAACAGAACUACAUAAUGAGCCUAUGAAUCUCAAUUUACAGCAACAAGAAGCUGAAGCUAGGAGGAAGUAUAUGGAGAUGCAUGAAGCUAGACUUAGCUUCAUCAAACAGAAAGUGAAGCAAGAUUGGAUUAGUAGUGGAGAUCAGAAUAGUAGAUAUUUUUACUCUUGCCUAAGGAAGAGAAGAAUGCAUAAUCAGAUUUGUAGAAUUCAAGAUAUGAAUGGAGUAUGGCAGGAAAAGCAGAAAGAUAUUGAAGAGGCUUUCCUUCAAUAUUAUAAGGAGCUACUGGGCAAAACUUAUACACCUGAGGAUAAAGUUAGCAAGACAAUCAUCAAAGAGGGCCCUAUGUUAGAUGAUAUACAAAGGCAGGGGCUGUGUGAGAGAUUUACCAUGGAGGAUGUGAAGAAUGCAUUAUGGGCUAUUGAUGAUAAUAAGAGCCCAGGGCCAGAUGGGUACAACAGCAAGUUUUUUAAGGAAGCUUGGCCAUGCAUAGGAGAAGAUGUAAGUCAAGCUAUCCUUAAUUUCUUUCAAUCUGGAAAAAUGCUGAAACAAAUAAAUGCUACAAAUUUGUGCCUUAUACCUAAGAUAGAACAACCUAGCAAUGUCUCCCAAUUUAGACCUAUUGCUUGUUGUAAUGUCUUAUAUAAGAUUAUUUCAAAAACGCUGUGUAAUAGAUUAAAGGCUGUGUUACCAUGCCUUGUGGAUGAGGUUCAAAGUGCUUUUGUAGAGAAUAGGAAGAUAAUGCAUAACAUCCUAAGCUUGCUUGAGGGUUUAAAAUUUCCUAGACAGUUUGUGGAAUGGAUCAUGGAGUGUAUUUCGAGUCCAUCAUUCUCAUUAACCAUAAAUGGCUAUACUUGUGGAUUCUUUGCAGGAAAAAGAGGGUUAAUGCAGGGGGAUCCCUUAUCCCCCUUGCUGUUUGUACUAGCCAUGGAAUAUUUUACUAGAAUCAUGAAGAAGAUGUGUAAGAAAGAGAUGUUUAAUUUUCAUUAUCAUUGUAAACAUCUUAGAUUAGCUCAUUUAAUCUUUGCUGAUGACCUCAUGCUGUUUAGUAAAGGUGAUGUCAAAUCAGUUGUAAUGCUAGUGAGAUCUCUCAAAGCUUUUGCUAGAGCCUCUGGGUUGAAGGCAAGUCCGGAAAAAUCUGCAAUGUAUUAUGGCAAUGUGAAGGAAGAAGUGCAGACAAGGAUAUUUCAAAUAACAAAAAUCAGCAAGGGUGAAUUUCCAUUCAGGUAUUUGGGUGUGCCUAUCACUUCUAAGAGGAUUAGUAGAGCUUAUUGUGAUGUUCUGAUUGAUAAGAUCAUGAAGAGAAUCAUGUGCUGGAGCACAAGACACUUAUCUUAUGCAGCUAGAGUGGUGCUAGUAAAUGCUGUCCUAAUGAGCCUUCACUUAUACUGGGCUCAGGUUUUUCUGCUGCCUAGAAGUGUGAUGCAAAAGAUUACUCAACUGUGUAGAUCUUUUUUAUGGGAAGGAAAAAUUAUACUGAAUAGAAGUCCUCCUGUAGCCUGGGAUCUUAUUUGUAGACCUAAGAAAUAUGGUGGCUUGGGUGUUCAGGAUUGUCAAGUGUGGAAUGAAGCUGCAAUAGGGAAAUAUGUGUGGCAGGUGGCUCAGAAAGAAGAUGUGCUAUGGAUAAAAUGGGUGCACUGUAUAUAUAUCAAAGAUGGGAACCUGUGGGAGUAUAAAGCUCCUGAGAAUGCUAGCUGGGUUCGGAAAACCAUAUGUAAAAUGAAGGAAAAGUUCAAGACAGCAUAUACUGGGGAUCAAUGGAAGGAUGGCACUAAGAAGCAAGAAACAGAAACAUGUUCUCAUCUGUUUUUCAAAUGUCCUGUAAGCAGCAUUAUAUGUCAAGGAGUUAUGAGAUGGAUAGGAGUGAAGAAAUAUCCUCGGGAACACUUGUAUACGAGUUGGAAGAGGUGGGACAGGAAGUUUAGAAAGAAGAGACAGCAGAAGGUUAGUUAUGCUAUCUUGGCUGCUUUGGUGUAUCACAUCUGGAGGUGUAGAAAUCAAGCAUUGUGGAAGGAAUCAAUCAAAAGACCUGAAUUGGUGGUAUUUGAGCCUAUUGAUGCUCAUUAG